GUAUUUCUGGCUGUCUGUCAGUCACCUCUGCUCGCUUAAACCGCUGAACCGAUUUAGAUGGAAUCCAGGACCUGUAGAGAUAGUUUGAGGCCCGGGGAAGGACAGAGGAUAGUAUUUAUGAAUCAUCAUCAUUAUCAUUCCACUCAGCAGAUGGAGUCGCUGGCAGAAGUUAGUGGCUAAUAUCUUUAGUUUAAACUCCCGUCCUCGGUCAUCGCUGGUCAUCCCAAGAAUCCUUCAAUAAUCCCAUGAUAAUACUAUUGGUACUGGCUGAUUUUAGAACUAGGUGACUGUACUGACAGAUGGUGACAGCAGUAUACACUUCUAAUUUUAAAAAUUACUUUUGGUAUAAUUUUAUUCUAACAAAUUUGGCUAUUGUUGUUAACAUUUUAAAAUUAUUUUCCAAAAUGUAUCGAUUUAAACCUUCAAUUUUUUAUAGAUAUUUAUACAAAUUAGAUUUUCACCCUUCAUUUCGACGCUAUGCAAAGGACGUAAAAUUUGGUCCAGAUGUACGUGCUUUGAUGCUUCAGGGAGUUGAUAUCUUAGCUGAUGCAGUCGCAGUUACGAUGGGUCCUAAAGGACGCACUGUGAUUUUGGAACAACCGUAUGGCCCUCCUAAAAUAACUAAAGACGGUGUAACUGUAGCUAAAGGAAUAGAACUUUCGAAUAAAUUUCAAAAUGUUGGUGCGAAACUUGUUCAAAAUGUAGCACAUAAAACCAACGAAGAAGCAGGAGACGGGACAACAGCUGCAACAAUUUUAGCGAGAGCUAUUGCAAAAGAAGGGUUCCAGAGGAUAUCUAAAGGAGCCAACCCUAUUGAAAUCAGGAGAGGGAUUAUGACAGCGGUUGAAGCUAUAAAAGAAAGAUUAAAACAAAUUUCAAGGCCAGUUGAUACUGCCGCUGAAAUAGAACAAGUUGCUAAAAUAUCAGCAAAUGGAGAUUCUUCCAUAGGAAAUUUAAUUUCAAACGCAAUGCAGAAAGUUGGCAAAGAUGGUGUGAUCACUAUUAAAACAGGCAAAUCUGUAAACGAUAAAUUCGAAAUGAUUGAAGGUAUGAAGUUUAAUCGUGGUUAUAUUUCCCCUUACUUUAUAAAUUCCCACAAAGGACCUAAAGUAGAAUAUAACGAUGCAUACGUUCUUUUUUCGGAGAAAAAGAUUUUUCACCUUCACCAAAUAUUGCCCGCCAUAGAAAUAUCCAACUCUAAGAAGAAGCCUUUAAUCAUCAUUGCCGAGGACCUUGAUCCUGAACCUCUCUCCGUUUUAGUUGUUAAUAAAUUAAAAAUUGGCUUGCCAGUAGCAGCAGUUAAGGCACCAGGUUUUGGGCAGUUUAGAAAAGAUACCUUGUUGGAUAUGGCUAUAGCCACUGGGGGAGUAGUAUUUGAGGACGAUACUAAUUUAAUAAGGCUGGAGGAUUGCGUACCUGAAAGUCUUGGAGAAGUUGGCGAAGUUAUUAUUACCAAAGAUUCUACACUGCUAUUGAAAGGCAAGGGAUUGAAACACCAGAUCGAUCAACGUAUUGAUGAAAUUAAUGCUGAACUAGCAGAUACGACUAAGGAUUUUGAAAAAGAUCAACUAAUUGAGCGUGUGUCGAGAUUAAAGGCUGGUGUUGCUGUAUUACAUAUCGGUGGUUGUAGCGAAGUGGAAGCAAACGAAAAGAAGGAUCGUGUAAAUGAUGCUCUUAAUGCCACACGCGCGGCUAUUGCCGAAGGUAUAGUUGCUGGUGGCGGUAUAGCGCUAAUACGUUGUAUACCAGCAUUAGAUAAAUUAAAGCCUGAAAAUAAUGAUCAAGCUAAGGGGAUCGAAAUAGUUAGAAAGGCUUUAACUGCGCCUUGUGCUACAAUAGCCACCAAUGCUGGUUUUAACGGCGAUGAAGUAGUAAAUAAUGUCCUAGGACUUGAACAAGAAUUCGGAUUUGACGUCUUGAGUAAAGACUAUGUUAAUAUGUUUGCUAAAGGAAUCAUUGAUCCCGCAAAAGUUGUUCGAAGGGCGUUAAUGGAUGCAAGUGGCGUUGCUUCUCUGUUGACAACGGCAGAAGCAGUGAUUUGCGAUUUGCCUAAAACCAAUUCAGAAGAAACUAACAUUGAUUUGAAUGAGAAAUCGGACCUUAUGAUUAGAAGUAUGUAAACUUUUAACCUUGUGGUUGUUUCACAACAAAACGUUAUGCUGUUUUACAAUUAUGUACGUAAGUUUUGUGAAAUUUGAGUUAGAUGAAAUUAGUGGUCAAUAAAUUAAUACUUACAUAUCGAGGGCUUCAUGCUAAAGGGGCGUAUAAGCAAGAACCCUACUUUUCAGGAGACACAAAAAACUGAAUAACUUUUGUUACAAUGUACCGAUUGUUCUACAAUUUUGCAUAGAGUAUUUAAAUUACAAUCUUUUUCAUGUGUCAUGCCUAGUUUCAUUCUACGUAUUCUAAAAAGCAGUAAUUAUGUAGUUACGCCUCUUUACCACGACAGUAAUUUCCGACAUUUAGGUUGAAAUUUUAUGAAAAAUACUUGAGAUUUAUGGUCGUAUAAUUCAUUUUUUUUUUUCUAUUCGAUAAUUUAAUUAUGAAAGGUGGAAAUACUGUUAAUUAUUAGAAAUACUUUAAUUUUACAGUAAUUUAGUCAUCCUUGUGUAGUUUCUUCUAUUUUUUCUGAUUUUUAUACGCCCGUCUGGGCUGACGAAUCUAUCGUGUAAGUAUACUUUAUUUGUGGUCGUAUAAUAGGGC